GUCCGUGCUGGCUUCCCAUCCGGUGUCCAAGUCUGGCGGCUUUGUUCAUUGACAAAAGUCAGGGAUACUCAAAGACAGACGUCUGAUAUUACUCUAAACGUGGAUAACAGUGGCGACGUGUGCACAACGGGAAACGUUUGUGAGUAGAGUAUUAUUUGCAUUUAAACUUAAACGUAGGCUGGCGGUGAUAGGAAUUUUGCAAGGCUGCUCUUGGAAGCGACCGAGCCCUCCAUUCCCCGGAGCUAGUUGUCGGCUGUGGGUGCAAUGAGGAUCUGAAUGCUGCCUGCUAGGACGGCCAUGGCUGAGCUGGAGAUUGAUCAGUCUAACCUGCCUCGGGUCCGGGAGGUGUGCCAGGGAUUCGCUGUUCUAGAAGAUGGGGCAUUGGCACAUAAUCUUCAAGAACAGGAGAUUGAGCAGUAUUACACUUCCAACGUGCAGAAGAACCAGCUGGUGCAGAGGGAUAUCCGUAUCGCCCGAAGGCUGCAAGAUGAGGAGAGGGACCGGCUGCAGAACCUGUCUCGCCAGCGGGAGGAGCAGGACUCUGAGUACGCACGCUUAGUCCAGGAGGAGCUGCAGAGGGGUGCCGAGGAGGCCUGCCGGAGGGAGGUGGAGGACCAGGAAAUCGCAAAGCGUAUACAGGAAGAGGAAGACGUUCACGCCAGACGAAGGGGCUCCUGCCACACGAGUGUGAACCGAGACGGCACAGCUGCUCCUGGCCUCUCAUACUCGCCCCACCCUGGUCAUGCCUGGGCACGUGAGCGAGAAAGGCCCCACCACCACUGGCGCCCUCUCCAAGGCAGCCACCCUCCCUCCUCUCCCUCCCCCUCCCCCUCCCCCUCCCCAUCUCCUCCUCCCUCUGACUCGGACCAGCAGCUCGAGCGGUACCCAGGCGACAGGCCCCCGAGGCAGAGGGCCAGGCCGUCCCCGGUGGUGGGUCCUGCGGAGGCCCCGGAGGGCUAUCCGUUCUCCGGCGGCUGGGCGGGCGCCCUGAGGCUGAUCAAGCAGGACAUGAGCGAACAGGGCUACGUCAGCUGCAGCUCCGAAGAAGAGCUGCCCGCCUCACCCCUCCGCAGGCUGGAGCGGGUGGUGCUGAGCGGGCAGCAGGGAGACGCGACGGAGCGCCACAUGCCCAACCGCAGGAGCAGCUUCAGGGGAGACGGGAGGAUGUGGGAAACGCAAGGGGGAGAGGCACGCAGGGGGUCGGGCUACAGCGACGAGCGAGGGUGGAGGACGGAGCCCAGAGGUCUCAGGCACUCGGCCAGCGUGCGCUACAGCUCCACGGGCGACUGCCAAGUGGCACGACCUCUGGAGCGUGUCAGCAGCUGGGCGUCGAGGGACAGCGGUGACCGGCGAGUGCACUUUCAAGACGACAGAAGGCACUACAACAGCUACCAUGGCAACGGCAGUCGGGUGUGCGAAGGGAGCCGGGGUGGGUUUAGGGAAAGAGGGGAUGUGGUGAGUUACUGUGGAGAUCCACGACUGGCUGGCAGUGGAAGCAGGAGCAGUCAGACGUGUUCAAGUAUAGAUGACUAUCACCAACAGCGGGUUCCACCCCUGCAAAGGAACACCUUUGCCAGGCGCUCUUACCAGGGUGACGGCAGGCAGAACCGGAGACGGUCAUUCCGGGACAUCCGGAAUGAUGACUACCACGGAAACGGAAGUUACCCGGAGGACAGGCCUAGGCAUCGGGAAAACUCCUUCUCCAACUCCCGCUGCAUCCCUGAGGAGAAUGGACGAGAGCCAGAGGUGCCAGGCCUGAGGUGUGAGCGGGCAGCCUGGGAGCGGAGGAGCUGCCGGGGCUAUGGAGGUCAGAGAGGCCACCUGAGCUCACCCAGGCAUGAGGUUCCACGGGAGAACCCAGGAGCUAGGCGCUGGCACAGUGAGCGCAGAGAGGUCAGGCAUGGGCCCAGCCAGCACUGGCAUGGCCAGGGUGAGGAUGGGUUCAGCUCAGGGGAGGUGGGCGUAUUGGAGAGGAGAGCGGACGCUCACCCCACACCUUCACAGAGACCCGCUGAUGCAGGCGUGCCAUCGAGGGCAAAGGGCGCCCCUCUAGCCAUGGGAGCCCUGCAGCAGGUGCUGCUGGAUGAGGAGUUAGCACGCCGGCUACAGGAACAGGAGGAGGAGGUCCUCGCAAGGAGCCCCAGGCCAUCAUCCCCUCCGGGAAGGCCUUACAUAGACAAGGAUUUCAGGGUUGCUCAAGUGGCCCAGGACGAGGAAAUCGCCCGUUUCAUGCAGAAACAGGAAAUCAAGACCAACCAUGGCUUAAGUGAGGCGGAUGCCCCGAGGUCGAGCUCUGACACUGGAGACUCUUGCAUGGCUGACCCCUGCAACCAGAACAGCGCAAGGCAGAGACAGAGGGAAAGACUGGACUCCCAAGGCCUGCCAUCACCUCCAGAUGACUACCCACCUGACGAACAACCACCCAGCCCAGUCGUCAUGGCAGCUCAGCAGCAACUGCCUGCCCGGAACAUCGCUGAAGAGCUGGACCCCACGUUUCUGGCCAAGAGGAAAGAAAGCCUCAGACUAGGGUCGCCAGGCACUGGUGUCUGUGAACAUCUGCCGCAGGCUCAGUCGAGCUGCUACACCGCGACAGUGGAGCCGGCCUUUGUACCGCCCACCAAACGGCCAAAUGAAAAGCUGGGCCGAGCAAAAGCCAAAGAGAAGAAGGAAAGUGCCAAGCAGAAAGAGAACUGCAAGCAGCAAUGAUCCCAGGGGGUCUCAUAAUUGUGGACACUAAUGAUGCACACUCAAGUCAAGUACAGCAUGUCCUGUACAGAGAUCAUUACACACUUCAUAUGAGUCACAGUGUGGACAUUUCCCAAUCCUGGGAAGCUAUUCAUCCCAUGUUUAUUUACAUAGUCAUGGAAUGUGACGUUGGUUUAUUAGUCAAGCAUUUUCAAGUAGGCCUGGUAACUGCGUAACAGUUUUCUGACGUGGGUUUUGGCCUUUAUCAGUUAGGCAUGAAAAAACAUGUAUCUCCAGAGGCAUCUGGCCACAAAAGGGAACGUUUACAGUUCUGGUAGAAAAGCACAUGUAAAGUGGAUAUAGAGGGCAUGUUACAUAUAGAGUUAUGUUGUGCUAUAGUCAACUGCCAUUCUCAGGAGGUCGUCCCAGGGCAUUGAAUUCAUCUGAGGACUGUUGCACUGCCAGUCAACUGUUCCAAAAGCUGUCCUUGUAUAUUUGUUUGUUGUUCAUUUUUCUUAAGUUAUUACAGGAAAUGCCAUUUACCCAUGUUCAUGUUGGCUGCACCCACAUAGUUCUCAGAUAGAUAUUCAAAACUACUGCUUAUCUAUCAAGAGGUUGUGUACAGAAAAUUGUGAGCUGCAAACAUUAGCCAAUAUCAGAUUGUGUUUUUUUUAUUUUUUAUUUUAUUAUGCUUUUUGUUUACUCAGUUAAAAUCUAUAUUUACACUAAACCAGAGCUAGUCACCAGUAUAAAAAAGGAUUUAAUGCUGAACUGUUCAUGCUGUAUCCAUUAUUGCUAAUUCUCAUGGAGGGAAAGAUUCAUUUAGUCAAAAUACACAACUGGAAUUUGUUGUAUUUUUGGUGUCAUAAAUGUGUCACACAUAAAUAAACACUAUGGUUAUGUGUA